AUGACUGGUGCCCCCACUACAGCUGUGACUGAAGUUACCUUGACCACAGAAACAUAUGUGUGUAACUCCCUUUCUCUCACUUUUACAGAGGAAACCUUGGUGCUGGUAAAUCUCACUCUGGUUCAGUCCUUUUCAUUGUCACUCAAUGACUCCCUGUCUUCAUAUCACAUUGAGACUAGCAAUGCGCUCUACCAGUGGCUUGGAGAGGUGUUUUCUAAAUACUAUGGGAACAAGAGCCUGUCAUCGACUGUGAAGUUCAGAAACAUUGAUGGUUUGGUGGGUGCUACCAUAGAGUUUAAAUAUAAUGCAGAGCAGAAGACACCAGAUGAUGUUCUAACAGCUGCUGUUCUGAGCUCCCAGGGCCCCUUCCUCCACCUGAAGCAUUUCCUGUCAGUCAAUGGUUUUCAGGCCCCGGUGGAUGUUUUCCCCCUGUCCCUGAGGAUCACAAGCUUGCAUUUUGCAGAGGAGCUGGCCGAUCGGGGGUCGCACCUCUUCCAGCUCUACAGCACGUUCAUCCGCACAUCUGUAAUAAAGCUUUAUAAAGACAUAAAAGGAUUUUCUGGUGUCCACGUGACUAAAAUGACUUCAGGUUCUGUGGUGGCUGAACUGGCAGUGAUCUUUGAGAAGACUGGGAUCUCUUCUGCCACGGUGUCUCAGAUUUUGCGGGCUGGUUUGCCUCAGCUUGAAUUCGAAGGCCUUACCGUAGACCCAUCCUCCCUGUCGAAUGAGGCCGGGCCUAUGCCAUCUCCCAGGCCAUUCCCAGAAUACGCUGUGGCCAUCAUUGUCAUGUGUGGCCUUCUCAUCCUUCUUCUCCCUGUAGCUGUGGUGGUCGGGUGUAAAACGGGAAUGUGGAGGAAGUUGAAGAGGUCUCUAUCGUUAUCUAACUCCCAGCAUUACAAUAUUUCUCCAGUUCACAAUGGUGUCUGACAGCAUACUGGGCUCUGUGUCAUGGGUCACAAUUGAGUUACCCUGAGACCACAAAUUUAGGAGUGCAACUCCUCAACACCCAAGGCUUGGAUCAGUCACAACUGGACAUAAAUAUUUAUUUAUUCCUCAUUAAAGGUGCACUGUUCGGAAAACACUGUGAGCAAACUUGGUGUCCAGGACACCGUGAGUCUAUGUUACAAUGGGUGUAUCUUAGAGGGAACUGCCCCAAUGACAAGCCAUUGAGCCCCUGUAGGACCAGUUUCCGGACAGUGUAGGUUUAUGUCUUAUGGCUUAUUACAAUCAUACACAUUCAACCAUUUAUACCUUAUUAUAAAUUAUUAAGCAUUGUCUGAAUUAUAUUUGUAUGCACAUUUCAUGUGUAGAUGAAUGUUCCACAGACUGUAAAUACACUGUGAUGUGAUGCAGUAAAAUGUACUGACCUUUUCCAGUGCUGCUGUAACAGACUCCUAACACUGAUUAUGAUGUCAUAAUGAGAUGGACUCCUGCAUACCCACAGUUAGUUAAUUAUUGCGCACUUGCACAGGCACACGAAUUUGGGCACAUAAUUAAUAUUCCAUUGCAUUUUUGUGAAUGUAUCCUCUAGCUGCUAUUUCUGCACUUUUCCCUGUAUUUAGAAAUAAAAUGCCAUGAUUUUAAAUCC